AAUUGUAAUUUGUAACUGCCCAUUUGGCGGAUCGUGUAGUCAAUAGUAAAUAACUAAGUGAAUCGAUUAUUAAUACAAUUAAUGGCAGUGGUGUGUUAUGUAAAAUAAUGGGACUAAAAUAAACAAUAAUUGUAAAAUUGUCAUUUAUGUAAAAUUUGUAUAACAUUUGGCAAUUAUGUCUAAUAAUUUGUUAACUUUGGACACUAUCAACAAACAUUUGGGAGAUGACUUUGACAACAUAAUAGAUCGAUGUAACAAUUAUAAGGAAGUACUUCUGAAAAAUCAAAAUGAAGUCAAGAACAAAAUCAUGUCCCAGGUAGUCGGAGAAUAUGCACACUUGCCUGAUAUUCGUAAAAAAGUCCAAAAUGACAGAAAAUCGAUUAAAUCACUGAUAGAAGAGGUUAAUCAAUUGAAAUUGAAGUAUACAAAAUUCCGUGAAGAAACUGAAAGUAUAAGAAAUGUAUUUAAAACACUAAUAGCUGAUAUAAAUGCAAAAUCGAAUAAGAUUACUUACUUCAUUUGCCUUAAAAGUAUUAUCUCUAUAAGUAAUCGAGUAAGAUGUGAACUUUCAAAUAAACAAGAUAAUGAAGUCAUAAAACUGUAUAUGUAUUUGUGUGAACUUAGUGUUGCUAUGACCAACGCACCAUGCAAAAAGUUAGUUUCUUAUUUAAAUAGUAUAAUCAACUAUUGGCAUUCAAUUAUUAAACAUCAUUAUUCAGAAGGUUUCGAGUUGAUAUUAAAACAAAUGAAUUGGCCGUUUACACCUAGUGAAUCAAAAGAUAUUACAAAUCUAGAUAAUCUUAAGUGUAAUUUCCAGCACGUGGCUAAUAUUUUAAUUAACAUACGGCUUCCUGAAAGCUUAGACAAAAAUUGUACAGAACAGUUGCCAGUUACUCAGUUAUUGGAACAUUUUUCUCGUGUUAGUUUACCGAUAUCAUUGAUGUUAGUAACUUUCCGCAAAAGGUUUUUCUUUCAUUUUACUGGAAAAAAACAGACUAACAAACCAGAUAAACCCGAAUGGUUUUUAUCCAGAGUCCUUAGUUGGAUAAGAGACUACCGAACAUUUAUUACGGAUUGGUUGGGUCCACCGUACAUAGAUAAUAAUAGAAAACCUGUUGAUGCUCAACACGAGUUUAUAGUUGGAUUAUUACAGCCUGUUGUAAUAAAACUAGAUUCAGAUUUAUCACAUUUUCAACUAGAAGAUGUUGUAUUUUCUCACAUUGUUGAUGAAACUUUAGCAUUUGAACACGAACUAAGGAAAGUCUACAAUUAUCCAGACGAUUAUCCGAGCGUUACCGAAGUUUUAACGCAAGCUCAUUUAUUUUUUAAGUGGAUUAACAUGGAACGAAAAUAUGCAAUAAAUAAAAUUGAGGAGAUCCUUGAUAAUGAUGAACUUUGGAAAAUUUUGGUAAAUGAUACUCAAUAUAAAUUGACAACUUGUGCAGAUAAUUUGUUAACACUGUUAAACACUAUGACUGAUAGAUACAGUAUACUUCGACAACCUCGGCAUAAGUUACAGUUUUUGAAACUUCAGACUGAUCUCUUAGAAGAGUUUAAGACAAAAAUAAUUGACGGUUACCACACUAGAGAGAACCAGAAUACAGUAGAAGACCUACAGCAAUUAUUAUGUACUCUACAUUAUAUUUGCUAUGUUCUAUACAACUGGGGAACUAACAUGCAUUUUUUAGCAUUGCUGAACUAUAAAUGUGAAUUGGAAACUGAAGUCAGGAAUAGAAGUGAGAGCGAACAUACCGAAAUAUUGGAAAAUGCCGACACCGUAUUUGAUGAAACAAUUCGCUUAUACUAUGUGGAAAUUGAUAGUUUAUUAGAAGAAUUAUGUGGAAACGUUUUAAUAAAAGUGAAAAGAAGUGCAAAGAAUUACAAACGGGACAGAUGGCAUAUAAUGAGUUCUUUAAGCGACAAUACUAAGUAUAGUAUAACCGAUAGUGGUUGGGUAAUGUAUGAAACAUUUGCAGAGAAUCUAGAUUUACUGUCAAAAAAUCUUCCUAUUGCUUUGUUUAAUAAAAGUUGGCCUAUAUUAUCUACUAAACUAUCAGAGUUUAUUAUAAGUGAUAUCCUCAUGGCUAACAUGUUUAACAAAGGAGGAGCACAGCAUUUGAAAUGUGAUGUACAGUAUAAAAUGCUGCCAAUUAUUUCCAAGUAUACAACAAAACCAAAUAUUUAUGCUGAACGGUUAUUAGAAGCUUGCAAUGUUUUAUGUUUCGAACCGAAUUUUCAACCUACAGUACUAACACACAAUGAAGUAUCAGAAAUUUUACUACGGAGAAUUGAACAUGGCAACUCAAUUGAAUUGGGUUAAAGCAUCAUUUUUUCAAUCAACAUUUGAAAAGGUGUCAAUUCAUAAAAAAUUGUUAUAUUUUGUUGAAAGUAAAAAAGAAUAUUUUUAUUAAUGGUUUUUAAAAUGUUAAAUUUUUGGGUAUUUUUACAUCAAUUAUAGAUUUAUUUGUAUUGUUUAUUUAUAAA